UUUUUUUUAAUUUAUUCACUAUGCAUGGUUUAAAGAUCUCGGUUGCAAAAAGCAUGCAACGAUUGCAACAAACGGAAAGAAUAUUAAGUGCUAUAGCAAGAAAAGACUUGACUGAACUAAAAAGACUAGCAAGAUUACCUUAUGGAUUUGUGAAUGAUACAUUAAGAAAACUUGUGUGGCCUAUUUUAUUACAUACACAACAUGGCAAUUAUAUAGCAGAAAAAGGCAGUGAAAAAGACUUGGCUGAUCCAGUGCAGAUAACAAAAGAUGUUGAACGAUCCUUGUACUACUAUCCUCAAGAUGUCACACCUGUAUUUAAAGCACAUAAACAACAAGAAUUGCAUUGUAUGAUUGUUGAAAUUCUAUGGCGAAAUCCUAGUUUAAAAUACUAUCAAGGAUUUCAUGAUAUCUGUACUUGUUUCUUACUUGUUUUGGGUAAAAAAGCAGCCAUUCCAGCAGCUGAAAAUGUAGCCUUGUUUUUUAUUCGAGAUGCCAUGUUGGAUUCAUUUGAACCUGUCUCUAAACAACUUCGACUGAUGAGUUCCUUGAUUGAAUAUGAAGAUCCUUCAUUGACACUGUAUAUGGAAAAAGCAAAUGUGAUGCCUUACUAUGCACUCAGUUGGAUUUUGACUUGGUUUAGUCAUGAUUUUGAAGAUUAUGACAAAGUGAUACGACUGUUUGAUCUGUUUAUCUCAAGUCAAGCAUUUAUGCCAGUGUUUAUUGCGAGUGCAAUUAUCUUAUUAAGGCGUCAUGAGAUCUUGAUGGCUGAAAAAGAUAGUGUGCAUUCACUUGUCACUCGUAUUCCUCAAGAUAUAGAUAUAGAACACAUCAUAGAAAAAGCAGUCCAAUUGGAAAGUAAGCAUACAGUCCUUCAGUUACAGAAACAGAGUGGCAUUUGGCUUCAUGAAGAAUCUGCUAUCAAUACAUGGGAAACAGACUGGGGUCAUUUAACAUGGCAUCAAGUACCAGAUCAAUUACAGGCCAAUAGACAUUUAGCCCAUGGGUCACAUAAAGAAGAAUGGGAGGAUGAAAUGCUUACUCAAUGGACCAUGCAUCGAAGACAAUCUAUUGUUGAAGAUGAAUUUGAUUUUUAAAACUCAUCCAUAAUAAAAUUGCAUGACGCAUUUCUUUCUUUUUUU